AUGGCAACCCCGCUCGAUCCCUUCUCAGCCUUGUCAGCCACCGUCCCAUAUCAGGCCUCGCUGCCACCUUUCUUCCCAACAUUUUGUACCAGCUAUGAGAUCUAUACCUUCCGCAUCCAAUUAUUCGCUAAAGGAUCACGUCGCACCUACCACAAGAGUUGCUACCAGGGAGAAAUUUCACACAGAAUGACCACCUCCCUCUGGGCGAGAGCCCUCUCCGCCCUCCCAGACAAAGAUCAGCGCAUGUUUCCCACGUCAGGCAUUGCAUCACCACCAGUCUCACAGACAUUGACCGACACCAUCACUGCAAUCGAAAUGCAGCGCGAUCGUUGCAAACGCCACAAAUGGUCGACCACCACCAUCGGUGGCAAGGAGAUCAUCAUUCGUGAUUUUGCCAGUGUGUUCGAUAUCGUUGUUUCCUAUGACCCGGUCCAUGCGGCACUACCUUGGGCAGGAGUGCGCUUUGUGCUUCAGCUGUUCUUGAACGGAAUCGAAACUUUCGGUGCUAUUGUGGAGGGGCUCGAGACGUCUGUGAGGGUCAUUGCGCGGGGUGGAAUACUCGAAGAACGUGCGGUUGCCUUUAUGUCCAAAGACGAUUUUAGACACUGCACCAAGGAAAUAAAGAGUGCCGAGCAGCAAUUUCUGAUACAGAAGGGGCUCGCUGAUAGCGAAGACCUAGGUAAUAUCGAGACACACGUUUUGCACACCAUCCUUAUAGCUACAUCAACGGCGGACCAGGUCAAUGAUAUGAAAGCAAAACUAGAAAAAGACCUCCUGGACCUUGAUAAGCCAGUAACACGAGUUGUGGAUCAAGUUUCUGACCUUCAUCGAGCUCUGAAAGACAACGAGAGGGACCAAACCCUGAGUUGGAUAUCAGCUGUCCCGGCUCAGAAAUAUCUUCGUGAGGCAUCAACAUCGCUGAUGCCAGGCUCUGCAGAAUGGCUUUUCCGUCACCCUGAAUUCCAGGCAUGGAGCAAUUCUAGUAGCUCUGAGGUGCUUUGGUUGCAUGGGACACGUGGGUUGAACUAUGAUAUUCCAAAGUUUCCCUAUCAAAUUGACAAGAAGCCGGCUGCGGAAAGUCCAAGAUCGCUCAUCGAGGAGUAUCGGAAACGCCUUCAAGAAGCAAAUUACUAUGGUGAAGGGCCAGCUGCUUUGUCUGUAGAAAGGUGCACCGAGCUAUUGUGUGAGCUUGGCCAGUCAGCCUCGGUCAUACUAAUUAUCGAUGCUCUUGAUGAAUGUGAUUCACAGCAGCGUAUGAUACUGCAGCAUUCUCUCGAAGAAAUGUGUCAGAGCUGUCGCGAUCUGGUCAAAUUAUUUAUCUCCAGUCGAUACGAAGAGGAUAUUGCUACUGGAUUCAGACAGAAACGGACUCUUUGUGUGACACCGCAAGACACUGAAGAUGAUCUCAAACACUUCAUUGCUCUCCGUGUGAGCAAAUUUGUGUUAAGAUGGGCCGAUCUACACAGCGAGGCAAGCGAUAUACUACAACAGCUGGAGAAGGACCUGAAAGAGACACUUAUUACUGGAGCACAAGGAAUAUAUCUCGAAACCGUUGAGAUCUAUCGCGAUAAAGAAGUGUGCUAUAGCAUGGCCCUGAGGUGCCUGGGUGCAUAUCUGGGCGAAGAUUGUGGUGAAAAUGGAUUUCUCAAAUACGCUACAAACUAUUGGCCAUCUCAUGUGGAGGACCUUGGGUGUGCACCCCAAAGAGCCAAAGUUGUUCCUCGUCUCACAGACUUCUUUACAAAAGAAGAGCACUUUGAUGACUGGCUGGACAAUUUCGAGCUACAGCAGAGAGAAGGCAGUUCUAGGUAG